AUGAGUCAAAUAAGUUACAACCGAGUUAGCAGCAGCAGUAAAGGAUCAUCAUCAUCAUCAUCUUGCCAUGGAAAAUGCAGAGGAUUUAGGCUGAACCUCACAAGACUUUACUUUUCGCGGCUACGCAAAAGGGUCGAUUUCUUUCUAAGAUUCUUUGAUAAGUUGAAACUUUCACAUGCAGAAGCUUUUGGGUUGUUGAAGAAAGUUUUCUGCAGAAAAAGUGGAUUGAAAAGAAACAACAGCAACAGUAGUAGGAAUGGUUUAAUGAAAGAGGAAAGAGGAAAGAAUCAAGGUGAUUGUAGAGUUUCAUCUCAUGGAAUGAAUAAUUCUUUUUAUGCAGAAGCUAUUGCAGAUUGUUUGGAGUUCAUCAAAAGAACAUCUAUUUCUUCUAUGGAUCAAAUUCAAGACCCAAUUGGUCAUAUUCAUGAUAGAAACUUAUGA